UUUACUUAAACAGCAGGGCUGAGAGCUCCCGCAUCAGUGAUGCAGAAUAUCCCAAGAAACAGGAGCAGACCAAAGACUCAGAGUUGGAGUGUCUGCUGGAGCGAAAUCGAGACCUGUGUUCACUUCAGAGCAGAGAAACACACAGCAGGAGGAAACCGAGCAGCACUCCACACACCAAGAGAGAGGCUUUUAAGCGCUAUAUACAGCUCCUGUACAAUCCACCACUACAGAUUAGUUUCCCGGAUGAAGAUGACUUCGACCUGCACGCUGCUCUCUUUCCUCCGAAACCAUCCGAACUGCGACCUUUGACCCCUCCAACACUGCGUGAGGGCUUCUUUCCAAACCGGAGCCUGGCCAAGAAACCUGACGCAGCACACACGCAGGAAGGCGUGCCGUCGCGCCCCCCUACUGCCUCGCUCGGCUUCGUCCCGAAUUCAGUGCUGGUGGGGCAGAUUUGGCCUGACGAGGUGGUGCAGAACGCUGUUCCCUCGACACCGUGGACACUCUGGGACGGAUACACACACGACUCGGAGGAGGAAUAUAGUCUUGCAGUGGAGGAAGACUUCAACUCCUUCAUGUACCUCCUAGAAACAUCACCCAAAGCCCCGCCCCCUCCCGUGACUCCGCCCCCAGAGGAACCCUUGCCAGAAAAACCAAAAUUCACACAGAAGCGACUGAGGCCCCUCCCUCCUAUUAAACCAACUCCGCCCCCAGCACCGCCCCCUCCUGUACGCACGCCACAGCUGCCCGACUUCCUCAAACAGUUCCUGCACGAGGAGUGGUUCCACACCAUGUACCCCGACCCGGGGUGUAUCCCCGAGUCCCUGAGCCUGACUGAGUUCUUUGCUCAGCUGCUGGACUUCCUGAAGCAUUGUGUUGUGAAUCAGAAGCUGUGUGUCCUCAAAGCCAUCAUCACACUGCACAAACAAAACUCUCUCAACACACACACCAUCACACACGGCCUGCUGGACUCACUGCACGCCUGCCUGCACAAAGACAUGUCAGAUAUGGAGCAGCGCUUUGUGGUGGAGUUGCUGCAUUUCUUGGUGUGUGUGAAUCCUCACAGCUACGACGUCACAGUGGAGAUACUCGUCCUGCUAGCAGAUAAAGAGCUGAGAUUAGAAGAUGUAGCAGUGUGUAUGCUGCAGGCUCUGGGAGUGGACGACGCUCCGCAGUGGCUCCGUCCUCAGGCGGAGUCCUGGGACCGCGAGGCGCAGAAACACGCGGAGCCUCGGCGAUGUCUCAGAGAGCUGGCGCACCACUGGCUCAACAGCUGGACGGCAAAAUACAGAAUACAUAAGAGUGCUGGAAAAAAGAGUGCGCUCUCGUCUCUGGUAAUCACGCCCUCAGAAGUUCUGCGUUUUUUCUGCUGGGUGCAAAAAGAGGCGCAGGUUCAACCACCAGCAGACUCAAGCAGGAAAGAUACCGUUCGGCUGGACACACACACCUACAGGUGGCAAGCGGUUCAUCGUCUGGGCGAGAUGAACACCAUGAUGCGUGUACGAGAACCUCAAGGAUUGUGGCUGCCUCCGCUGACGUCCAGGCCGCUGCUGACGGGUUUCACACGUCUGCUGUCUCUCCCGCUGCCUCGAGUCACUUCCUCUUCACUCCCGCUCUCUCUGGAGGCGCACUGUCUCAAACAGGCACCGCUGCAGCGCUACUUCCUGCUGGAGCGAUCCUACGUCCAGUUCUACAGAUAAAACGCUCCUCCACACGUCAGAGCGCUUUUCAUUUCACUGUCCAGUUAAAAACCUGCUGAACAACUAGCUGUAGUUUCUCAUUCAUUCACUAAGCAGAACGUUUCUCCAAACAGCCGCAUUCAGAGUCGGCGAAUGAAGUCCAAAAGUUACGUCGGUUGAGGAACAUUGUGUGUACUCGACUCUGGGCAAUUUAAACAUGAACAAUAAAAACGUUCGUUGUAAUUAUUACACUAAUCACUGCAAACCUGGUUUAACAAAAUGGCUUCCACUCUCAUUAUACAGCAGCGUAUAGAAUAGCACUUGAUCCAGCACAUCGGAUUAUUUAUUUAUACAAACCAAGGUCAUGAAAUCUGUAAUGUGUGUGCUGGUUGCAGCUGUCAGAUUGCUCCUCACUCAAACUGACAACAAAUCACGUACAGAAAAUAUGCUUAAUUUAAUCACACGUAAACGAUUGACGCUGCGUGCAAAUCUCUCGCGUAACUACUGGACUUUAAUCUGUGGUUAUAUCUCGGGUCUCAGUAACACUAUGCAGUAGUGUUUCAGUAUUACGUCCUCACGACGAGGCUUUAACCCGACUCUGAAUGUGAGUUAGAACUGAUGCACGGCACUGAGAAGCUGACGCUUGAUGAUUUUACACCAAGGCACAUCAGCGGCUCUCUGGCAGAACAACUUCCUGCUCAACAGCGCAGAACCUUCAGCUACCACGGACCCCCUGCUCCCAGAUGUGCCGUUU